AUGAAUCAAUCUUCUCUGAUUGUGCGCAAAGAAGGCUCUUCCACUGGUGCUCGCCGUACGCUGGACUCGGAAGAUGAUAUCAUCCGUAUCCUAGAGUGCAAUAUCAACAACGCAAAGGAGCGCUUCCGCCUCACACUCAUUGGACGCGUCUUCCACCUCAGAGGCCGAAGCAUUGACGCUCUGAUCAACCUCCUUCCCCGACCUAGAAUCUGGAACGUAGAGGGAAGAGUUCGUGGGUUUAACAUAGGAAACAGCCGCUUUCAAUUUGAUUUCGAUAACGAGGCAGAUCUACUGAUGGUGUUGAACAAGAGACCAUGCCAUUUCAACCAAUGGAGAGUCCCAGUACAUUUCUGGAAUGACAAAACCUUCAAGAAAAUUGCAAACGCCUUGGGCAAGAAACUCCUCAUCGACGAGAAGAAGGCGAGGAUCCAAGUCUCAACUGAGGCUGAUAAACCUCUGCAGAGCGCAGAAUUGGCUUCCCCAACGGAAACAUAA